AUGUCAAGUGAUUCGGAAAUAAGCAGCGUUGAACAAAGCGACUCAGAAGAAACAUAUCCAGAAGAGGAAAUAGAAAAUGAUGAUGUAGAUGUAGAGGUUGUUCUUAGUCUCGUUCAACCUUAUGAAGACGAACCUCUUGCAGACGCUUCCGCCGAACCACAUAUGGAAGAAGAGAACGAAGAUGCCGAUGCGGAUGGCCUUACACCAACUGUUUUAGAGGCCAGAUAUGAAAGAACGGUUCCAGUUACGUCCUGGUUUGUAUAGCCAUUUCAAAAUAAUUUGUAUUGCAUUUUCCUUUCCUGUCAAUUUAUAUUUGGGAGAAGCUUGUCUUUUAUGUUUACGUUAUUUCCCCUGCCUUCUCAGGUGCCAAUGUGAGCUAUGCAACGACAUGAAUUUAGUUGGGGCGCUGGAGUUUCGUUGUUGUAGAGAGGUGGUCCAUUCAUCGGGAAGCUUGUCUUCGAUGGAUCCAUCGAACGCAUCAGCUGUAUAA